AUGAUCGCCGACUAUCUCGUGAAAGGCUACGCACACGAAGCGUCGGAGUCGGAGCUGCUAGCGCUGGACUGCAGCAAGGUGUGGUACGUUCCGCUGAAUAUCGUCUACAACCCGAGAAAGGAGAAGUUUCGUCUGGUGUGGGACGCCAGAGCGGAAGUUAGAGGAGUGUCGCUCAACUCGAAGUUGCUGAAGGGGCCGGAUAUGCUGACUGCCCUGCCGGCGGUGAUAUGCAAGUUUCGGGAGCGAGAAGUCGGUUUCGGAGCAGACAUAAAGGAGAUGUAUCACCAGCUGCGGAUUCGAGAUGAGGACAAGCGAGCGCAAAGGUUUCUGUUUCGAAACGAUCCGUCGGAGAAGCCGACAGUGUAUGUGAUGGACGUAGCCACUUUUGGGUCGACGAGCUCGCCAUGCUCGGCGCAGUACGUCAAGAACCUGAACGCGAAGGAGUUUGCAGGACAGUUUCCAGCGGCGGCGGUGGCCAUCGUCGAAAACCACUACGUCGACGAUUAUUUCGACAGCGUAGACACGAUCGAGGAAGCUGUGAAACGAGCGAAGGAAGUACGAUACGUCCACUCCAGAGGCGGUUUUGAGCUCCGCAACUGGGUCUCCAAUUCCGAAGAGUUCCUGGAUGCGAUGGGAGAGCGAAAAGAGGAUCAGUGCGUGCGGUUCAGCGAGGAUAAGGAGUCCGGAUCCGAGCGAGUACUGGGGAUCGUGUGGAGCCCGGCAAGCGACGAAUUCUCGUUCUCCACCAAAUUGAGAGACGAUCUGGAGCCGUUCCUGUCCGGCGUAAAGCUGCCGACCAAAAGGAUCCUGUUGAGCUGCGUGAUGAGCUUUUUCGACCCGUUAGGACUGUUGUCCAUUUUCACGUUCUAUGGGAAGCUGCUGAUUCAGGACCUGUGGCGUACUGGAUGUGAGUGGGACCAGCAGAUCGAUGAAGAGUGUGCGGAGAAGUGGAGUAACUGGAUCCGGAGGCUUCCAGAAGUCGACGAAGUGCGCAUUCCCCGAUACUAUUUCCGUGGUGGAUUUUCACUGCGAUACGACAGCCUACAGCUGCACGUUUUCGUAGACGCUAGCCAGGACGCGUACGGUGCCGUGGCGUACAUCCGCAUCGAGACGGCCACCGGGCCGUUAUGCUCGCUCGUGAUGGCGAGAUCUAAGGUAGCACCGCUGCAGCACAUGUCCAUACCGCGACUGGAGCUGCAAGCUGCAGUGUUAGGAGCGAGGUUGGCGAACUCCGUCGGCGAGACGAUUUCGUUGGAGGUAAAGAAGCGUUUCAUGUGGUCCGACUCGAAGACCGUGCUGUCGUGGAUCCACUCCGACCACCGUCGGUACAAGCAGUUUGUGGCGUACCGGAUCGGCGAGAUCCACAGUCUAACGAAGCUUGCGGAAUGGAGAUGGGUGCCGACGAAAUGCAACGUGGCCGACGCGUUAACGAAGUGGGAAAAGGCGCACAGCCUGCGACCAAGCGGACCAUGGUUUCGUGGCCCAGACUUUCUGUACCAGACGGAGGAUUUUUGGCCGGAGCAAGAGGCAGUGACACCGAACACUAGCGAGGAGACCCGAGCGUGUUUGCAUUUCCACGAAAUUGCAGUCACUGAGCCGAUGGUGGACCCGCUGCGGUUUUCGAAGUGGAAGAUUCUGGUCCGGACGGUAGCGUGCGUCUACCGGUUUGCAUCGAACUGCAGAAGGAAAAGAGAUGGGCUGGAGAUCGAAGUCGUACCGGCCACUGCAAGAAUCAGCAGCGUUGUGAAGAGGCAUGUGCGAACGAAGCUAGUGCCGCUGAAGCGGGAUGAACAUCAGAAGGCGGAGGCGUAUCUGUGGAGGUCGACCCAAGCCGAUCGCUUCGGAGACGAGGUGUGCGCAUUGACGAAGAACCAGAAGCAGUCGCACCAGCAGCAGCAGCAAGUGGAGAAGAGCAGUAGCCUGUACAGCUUGAGCCCGUUCCUGGACGCCGAGGGUGUACUACGGAUGGAAGGCAGAGCAGCGCAAGGAUCGUCGCUACCAUUCGAGCUGCGGUUCCCGAUUAUUUUGCCGAAAAAGCAUCCGGUGACCGACAAGCUGCUCGAGCAUUAUCAUCAGCAAGUAGCUCACGGGAACACGGAGACCGCAGUCAACGAAAUUCGGCAGCGUUUCUACGUCCAGAAUCUGCGAGCGGAACUGAAGAGGAUCGGAAGAAUGUGCGUCUGGUGCAAGGUGCAGAAGUGUCGCCCGUCGAACCCGAGGAUGGCUCCGUUGCCGGAGUCGCGAGUGACGCCGCAUCUGCCACCGUUCAGCCACACCGGCGUGGACUACUGCGGACCGCUGACUGUUACUGUCGGCCGCAGAUCAGAGAAGAGGUACAUCUGCCUGUUCACCUGCAUGACGACGAGGGCUGUCCACCUUGAGGUCGCUCACAGCCUGACGACUCAAGCGUGUCUGAUGGCCAUACGGCGGUUCGUGUGUCGCAGAGGGAAGCCGCUAGAGUUCUACUCGGACAACGGCACAAACUUCCAAGCGGCAGGCAAGGCGAUCGUGCAGCGGAUUGAGAUCGAGUCCGAGGACCAAUUCACGGAUUCCAGGACCCGCUGGAAUUUCAACCCGCCCAGCGCACCUCACAUGGGUGGGGUUUGGGAGCGAUUGGUUCGCUCCGUGAAGGCAGCACUGACCGUGCUGAAUGACGGGCGGACGAUAACGGACGAAGUGCUACUGACGACGAUAGCGGAGGCCGAAGACCUCAUCAACUCCCGGCCACUAACGUACGUUGGCCUGGAACCAGGAGCGGAGGAAGCGUUGACGCCGAACCACUUUGUUCGCGGCGUUGGCGCAAUCAGCGAGGAGCGUUCUGUUCCAGCGACGAGUGAAGCCGAAGCACUGCGAAACCGCUACAAGCGGUCACAGCGACUGGCGGACAAGCUGUGGGCUCGGUGGGUGUCCGAGUAUUUGCCAUCCAUCAACCAGCGGACGAAAUGGCUCUCCGAGUCGCCGCCACUAGCGUGUGGUGAUCUAGUUUACAUCACCGAUGAGGCCGUGCGGAAGAGCUGGAUCCGGGGCAUCGUGACGGACGUCUACCCGGGAGCGGACGUGAAGGGCGGCCAAAAGGAUAUAAUUGGUGAUUUGACGGCAAAGAAUCUAGGUGUAUUGAAGGUGGGGCUAGAUGUGAACAACGUUUGCGAGCAGCUCAAGCCAUUUGCCAAGAUCAGCGGAGUGAAGGCGUCAAUUGAAAUGGAUCCAGAUGUCAAGCCGGUAUUUCAACCGUUACGUAGAGUUCCGAUACCUAUGGAAGCAGCAGUUCACAACAAACUCGAACAACUUUUGAUUCGUGACAUAAUCGAGGUUAAGAAAGGGCCAGCUACCUGGGUGUCACCAUUAGUAGUCGUCGGAAAAGUUUCUGGAGAGCCAAGGAUUUGUUUGGAUUUACGACGAGUCAACGAAGCAGUGGUACGGGAACACUUUCCGAUGCCUGUGGAAGAAGAAUAUCUUGCGCGGUUGGGGAAAGGGAAGAUAUGGAGCAAGUUAGACAUACGAGAAGCCUUCCAUCAGGUGGAGUUGAGUGAGGAUUCGAGAGAUGUGACGACGUUUAUCACCAACCGCGGGCUGUUUCGAUUCAAGCGCCUACCGUUCGGAUACCGAACGCCGGUAUUGCCAAACCGAAAAGGAGGCAUUGGCGUUGGUUUGGAGUGUUGA